ACGGAACCUCAAACAAAAGGUCACCUGAUGGAAACAAUGAACCCAAACGGAGAGGCAGGCCACCCAAGAAGAAUAAAACAUUGAGUCUGAACCCCACCAAGGACGGAACCUCAAACAAAAGGUCACCUGAUGAAAACAAUGAACCCAAACGGAGGGGCAGGCCACCCAAGAAGAAUAAAACAUUGAGUGUGAACCCCACCAAGGACGGAACCUCAAACAAAAGGUCACCUGAUGAAAACAAUGAACCCAAACGGAGGGGCAGGCCACCCAAGAAGAAUAAAACAUUGAGUGUGAACCCCACCAAGGACGGAACCUCAAACAAAAGGUCACCUGAUGAAAACAAUGUGCCACAAAAGAGAGGCAGACCAUUCAAACAGAAAGCAACAGGGACUCUUAAGAUCCACACUCAAAACUGUAGUGUAGUGCUGAGAAGGCUUGGUGGGGGCAGGGAGGGCAUCCUGUCUGUAAAUAAAACAAAUGAAACCAGGACAGUGUGCAGUAUUAGAGGUGCAGAAGAGGAGGAGGAAAGACCUCAAGAGAGCAGUGAUAGUAGUGUGAAGUUGGUGCAGGAGGCAGUGGGAGGGACUGCUGGUAUUCUGCAUAGGGUUGAAUAUGGGAAGUAUAUAAUCUGCCUCCUUGACACCAUGGACACGAUGCUUAUCAUGGUAAAUGAAAACUCGCCCAGUGAAACUAGUUCUGGCAAAGAAACAGAAGCAACUACACGAAAGACUUCCAAAAAAGAGAAGAAAAAAGCCCAAGGAAGAGAACAGAGUACAAGAACUCAUACUGGCAGCAACAUGGAAGCAAACACACAAGUAGAACAAACUGUCAGCAAAAUUACUAACAUAGAGAAAAGAAAAAAGGUUGGUCAAACAGCUAAAAAAACUAACAACAAAGAAAAAGAUAAAAAAGCCAUAGAAAAACAGCAGACAGUGGAUAAGAAAGCAAGGAGUAGCACAAGAACUGAAUCCUCACGCCAUCAUAAGGCGAUGCAACAGUCUGAGUCAACUGUUGAACAUCCUACAGUGAAAAAGAGGGGACAGAAUAACAGCCGAAAAAGGGAGCACAUCUCAAACGCAGUCAAGUCACCGAAGAGACAAAGGAAUGAGUCAAGCGUGCCCGCCAAGGCUUCUGUUGCAACACACCUGGCCAUAGAUGCCAUGUUGUCACCUGGGCAGAAUAGCGGCAUUGUUCCCAGCAGUGAAGGCAAUGUUGAUCCAGAUGCAGGAACAGAUAAAGUUACAGGUCAGUUUAUGCGGCAUGAACCUCCGAACACUGGUGAAUCACCAAAUCAGCCAAAAAAAGCAUGUGACCUAGAAGUCUCUGACAGAAGUCUUUCUUCCGAUGGGUCAGAGUCAGAGUCACAGUAUGAAGAUGGAUCGCUUACUGAUAGUGAUGAAGAUGACAUGAUUUCAGAAUUUAGUGCAACCCAGAAAAAGAAGAGCUCCCUCCAUCAGACACGAGAAAGGCUGAAAAGAAGGAAUUACAGACCAGAGCACAGAGAGUCAGUGAGCAAAAUUAUAUUUGAUCGUGACGAUGACAUCCUUAUUAUGGAACCGCCCAAGCCUGUGCCCAUGUCAGAAAACAAGAAAGACAACACAAAUUCUGAAAACAGCCAGAGCACAAAGGGGGUGCAGGGCAGACCCUUCAUGGUAUCACCAUAUGUUUCCCUGAAGACCCAAAGAGCCAAUAGGAGAGCUGCAGGUGGACACCAGCAAAGCCUGACCACUAGCAGUUCCUUCAUCCAAGGCCUCAUCAAGAACUCCAUCAUGAAGAAUGUUCCAGAGAUGAUGACUUCGGCCUCAACCAGGGUACCAGUGGACGGUCAAACGGAGGAGGAACCUGACCCUGAGGACAUGUGGGGUCUCCUGCCAGCCCUCCCCCAGCAGUCCUCCAGCUCCCUUGCCGCAAGGGCUGCCAAGACCAGCCUGCAAGAAUCUGGCAUAACGGAGACUGCAGCCACGGCUCCAGAGAGGCCAACAACUGUCACCAGCACCAACAUUAGUGGUGCAGUCAUCACAUCAAAGGCCUCCAAGGUAAUGAGGAGUAUUUGGAUAGAAAGUGAAGAAGAGGAAGAGGAUAAAGACACAGAAGACACAGAGUCACUCUUCAUGCCCACACUCCCCGUGGCCUCACAGCUGAUCCAAGAGAGCACCGUGCUUCCCAGCUACAGCUCCCUUGGCCCCGAGCACUGGAUGUCAGUAGCUAGAGCUAUGCAGAAGCGAAAAAAGAACUCCUUCCUGAGACUUACAUUCCUGUAAAAAUGCUGCAUAAGUCUUACGUUUGGUCGACAGCAGUGGGUGAGCACCUCUCUCUCCUCACUGCUGCUCCCCCUGACUUGCCCUGGCAGAUGGCCCGGUUGAGCGUCCUGCUCCCGUCUCUACCAUGGCUACUUCCCAGAAGCGGCCCACGUAGUCCGCUCCUGACGACGGGGACGGCGGUUGCUGGACCCGCGUCCAGAGCAAGCGGGCCCGAAGGAGGACGCGACAAGGAGACGGCGUGGAGGACCAAUUGAACGGACCCCUGCUGGAGUGGAAGCUGGUGUCCUCGGACUUCAGCAACCACUACCAGGCCAUCCGGUGGAUGGAAGACGAGUGGAAGCUGUGUCUCCGGGUGACGGUCUCCCGGGCGGGGAACUUCCUCAUCCGUGCGUGGGACUGGGACCACGCCACCACCCUGGACGAGAUUGCUGCUGGAAGGACCCACGGCAUCACCCUGGAGAAGAAGGAGGCGACAGUGAAAGAUGUCCUCUUGGGGUACCCUACCUACCUCCCACUGGACCCGGUGUUGGCGCACCCCUGCGUUGCUGCAGCGGAGAGGUGCCAUUACAACGCCAGCCACGGACGCCGCCUUCCCACCCGGAGUGUGCAACUGACGCUGCGGGGACGUGUCCCCGCCUUGCUGGGGGCGUUUCACCUGCCGCCGCUACGUUCUGGAGUCCGUGCGCUGCUUCAAGUGCCAGGCCUUUGGUCACAGACAGCGGCAAUGUCAACGGCAGAAGGAGCUGUGCGGGGU